GGCGGGCGUGGCCGCGCGGGGUCCCGGGCCGGGCCUCGAGGGCCUGACAGCCCGGUUGGACGUCCCCGAGACCCCUGCAGUCCCAGGGCUUCCGCGGGUCCUGCCCGAGGAGCCCAGAGCAGGGGCGCGGACCGCGGGUGAGCGUCUGUGAUUGGAAAAGCCCUGUCCCCAUCCAUUCAGCUCUCCGGCGUGGGUUGCGCUCCCACCCUCCUGCGGACGCGGCCCUUGCCUUCGGGGAGCACCGGUCCGAGCCGCGGAUUCCGCUCUUUUGCCCCGAAACUGCCCCCAGCCCGACAAACGCUUCGGCCUCUCGCCCCCCAUGGCAGCUCCCAGGGGCCCUCCCGAGCCCUGCUUCCCAAGCAGCUCCCAGUCGCUGUUUCCCUUGUCAGGCUUCUUCCUGCCGCCCUGACUCCUGGGCGGGCUUCCCGGCCUCCGCUCGCGUCCGUUCUCCGGGAUGCAGCCCUUCUCCUAUGUUGUGCAUCGCUUGCUCGGGACUUCUUCGUGGCCCCGCCAUUUCUCCCAGGAUGAAGUGCAAACUCUCGGGGGCGCGACCUCACCCGUCCCAGGCUCUCUCUUAGGACCCUUCUGCUCACUUCUUCCUCCCAGGGUCUGCUCUAGCCAGGAGCCUGCUCUGUCACCUCUGGGGUUUUGCCCCUGCUUGUCCCUCUGUCCCAUCCCCCUGUCACCUGGCCCGUUUGUCUGCCCUCUGAUAUGGCCGCGCCUCCCCCCAGGCGGGUUUCCCACCCUGACUGGUUGAGUGAGGUGCAGUCACCGUCUCCCAUAUGUAGGUCAUCUUCCAGUACUUUGGCUGCUCGGUUGCUUGCUGGUCCUCAGAACACCUCUAGCUUGCAGAGGGGUGCCCAGUUAAGUGCGUGGGAACGGAAUUGGUGGGAUUCAGGGUGUCAAGGGGUGUGUGCCCAGUGAGUGAGGCGUCUGGGUUUGCACUCCCCAGUCCACGCCCAUUAGUGACACUAGGGAGGUUCCAGGUCCCUGUGGCUGGAGAGGAGAGGAGACUAGACUUUCCCUUCCCUGUCAAAGCUGGCGGACCUUGGGGAUUCUUUUCCUCCUGUGCUUCCUCCUUAAUUCUGUGCUGCCUACCACCUGCCCAUUCCUUUAGUGAGUGGCAGGUCAUGGUCCUGCUCUCAUAGAGUUUCUGGUUUGGAGGUGGGGGGAGAUCUGGCCAAACGUGUGAAAAAUACAAGCUGUGGAAAGAGCGUGUAAGGGUCCUGUCCCAGCUUCGAGGACUCUGAGAGCGUUGGCAGUGAGGUGCAAAGGGUGGUUGGGAUGGGCAAGGCUGUCUAGUGAGGUUGGGGAAGGGAGUUCCUGGCAGAGGAGCAGAGGCAGGAAGGGGCAAUUUGGCUUGUCUUGAGGGAGCCAGGGGUGGCAGGGUGUGAGAUGAGUGAGUCUGGAGAGGUCGGCCUGAGCCAGAAUGCGGACCUGGCAGGCUGUGGGGAGGGCUUUGAUCUCUAUCCAGGGAAUAAUGGGAGGCCCCCAGGACACCCCAAGAGGGAAGCGGCUCCAUUGCAUUUGUGUCGUGAAAGUUUGUUUGGCUGCUGGGGGAGAAUGUCCUGGAGCAGGUGAUCAGCAAGGAGGGAGGCUGUUGCUGUGGCUCUGGUGAAAGGUGAUGGAGGCAGGGACCGGGCGGUGGCUGAUGGGAGACAGGCAGAGCCACCGGGCUGGUGAUGGACCGGCUCAGAUCCAGUGGGUGGAAGGAGGUGUCAAGGAUAACAUCUUUGUUUCUGGAGUGGAUAGUGGGGCCCUGGCCACCUCGGUGUGCCCCUUCAUCUCUGUGGUCUCCAGGGGCCUGCUACUGUCCACUGGGCUCUCAGGACCCAGCUGCAUGAUGCCACCUAAAUUGCAGGGCCCUCCAAGUCCCCAGCACCAGCGGGGCAGCACCGGUAGGGCCUGGACCUCUUUGAGAAUAUGUUGAAAAGCCGACAUCAACCUCGACGCUGUGGAUGUUGGGCCUGAUCAUUCUUUGGGGUAGGUCUGUCCUGGGCACUGCAGGGUGCUAAGCAGCCUCCACCCAGUCCCCAGUGGCGACACCCAAAACUGUGUCCAGACAUUGACAGGUGUCCCCAGGGGGGGAGACUCGCCUCCAUCUGAGAAGCAGAACCAGCCUGACAGUCCACCUCCCGGCUGAAAAGUGCUUGCAUGUGCGAUUUGCCUCCCGCCUGGGAGUCUGGGGGCGCUGGGAUGCCAUCCUUGCCCCACUCUGGCUUUCAGAGCUCUCUCCUCUCCUCCUCGUGUGCCCAUGAGUCCAGCUCACAGGAAUGUGGGUCUCACAUCAGGUCCCGAGGGAGCAGGUGUGUUUCUGGGCCUGAGGCUGCUCCUUGGUGGUGAGGGUGUCCCCACGAGCCGUGUCUGUGGCGCCUGCAGCUGCCUGCAUGUCCAUCUGUGUCCGCAUCUGCCUUUGAGCCUCAUCUUCCUGGCCCCAUGGUUUUCUCAUGCUGUGACCCAAAAGCCGAGCAUUCCAGGGUGUUCUGCUGAAAUUGAGUUGUGAGCGUGUCUCUCUCCUCGCUCCAGUCUGAAGGAGAAGCGUGGUCGGUAGAUAGACGUCUCAGACCUUUGUGUUUUCUUCACGUCUGUCUGUUGGCAGGUCCUUACAGUAUUGUGGUUGCUUUAGCAACUUAGCUGUUGUCGACCUAAUGUGUUUCAUGACGUUCUGCAGCAAGGAAGAAGGUCCGAGUUUCCACUCUGAAUCAGGCACCUUCGUUCCCCUCCCCCCCUCACUUGACUUCCUGUGGGGUAUGUGGUGUCUGCACUUAUAGAUGAGAACGCUGAGGCCUCAGGAGGGCAAGUGACUCGCCCAAGGUCACGGAACCCUAAGUCAGGGGUGGAGAAGGACCCCCUGACGCCAGCCCACCUCCCCUGCCCCUCAGCAGGCCUGGCCCCAGCACAGAGAAGAGCCAUUGUUGCUGCUCUGGGGGCCCUAGGAGCCUGGGAUGUAUCCUGCCUUUGUUUCUAGAGCCUUUGUUUGUUAUAUUUCCUCUGUCUCCAGACAUCGCAGGCCGGUGGGGCCCGGCGCCUGUGCAGGCUCACGUAGCGGGGCCUGUUCAGGUCCCUUGUGGGUCCCUUCAGUCUGAGCUCUGUCCUUGCCUCAGCGGCCCGUCACCCAUAGGGUGGCAGAGAUGGGCCGGGGGAGGGAGUGGGCAGCAGUGCGGACCGAGUCCUGGCGCAUGGGGUUUCCCUGGUGCUGGAGCUGGGCGUUUCGGGGGUGUGGGCGGGGCUGGGGUCAUAUCCCCUGCAUGCCCCGCAUGCCAUGGCUGUACUCACAUGGCAAGAGGUGGUGAUCGCCAGCUCAGGGAAGGUGGGGGUUCCUUCAUCCUGUGGAGAGGGGGCUGAAUUGGGGUCCCCUGAGCUGUAGGGUGCAGUGCCUGACAGGCCGUGGGGAGGGCCGAGGGGAUGGGGACUGACAGGCCCCGGGCCCAUGCCGCCCCCUGGCACGGGUGGAUGCCCCGCUUCCCGGGAGUGCCCAGCUGGACUGUGGCACCCCCAAAGGACCCCACAUGUCACUGUUCCCCCGCAGGGCUUCCCACGGCACGACAUGGAGACCUGUGGUUGCGAGGCUCCCUGGGGCUCGGCUUGGACCGCGAUGGGGCUGGGCCCUGGCCUCCUAACGGGGCUGCUGUCUGGGGCGGUAGCUGGGGGGGCGCUCUCCCCCCUGCCCGCGACUCGGAGCACCCCCACCCCUCCCCUGCCGGGCCAGGCCGGGCGGCGUUGUUGGCGGGGGCCCCGGUGGAGGCCCGGCCCGGGUGGCGCCCGCCAUGAACGGGCUGUCGCUGAGUGAGCUCUGCUGCCUCUUCUGCUGCCCGCCCUGCCCCGGCCGCAUCGCUGCCAAGCUCGCCUUCCUGCCGCCGGAGGCCACCUACUCCCUGGUGCCUGAGCCCGAGCCGGGGCCUGGUGGGGCUGGGGCCGCCCCCUUGGGGACCCUGCGGGCCUCCUCGGGCGUACCUGGGCGCUGGAAGCUGCACCUGACGGAGCGUGCCGACUUCCAGUACAGCCAGCGCGAGCUGGACACCAUCGAGGUCUUCCCCACCAAGAGCGCCCGCGGCAACCGCGUCUCCUGCAUGUAUGUUCGCUGCGUGCCUGGUGCCAGACAAGAACACCAGGCUCAGGGAGGCCAUCCCCAGCUGGCAUGGGUGGGCAGGCUGGGCGACUCCAACAACCCAGCGCCUGGUGGUUGCCUGCUGGGCGAGAGCUGGGGCACAGGGGCUGCCCUGGCCUGCGGGUACAUCCACCUUCUCGCCAGGUACACGGUCCUCUUCUCGCACGGCAAUGCCGUGGACCUGGGCCAGAUGAGCAGCUUCUACAUUGGCCUGGGCUCCCGCCUCCACUGCAACAUCUUCUCCUACGACUACUCUGGCUAUGGUGCCAGCUCAGGCAGGCCUUCCGAGAGGAACCUCUAUGCCGACAUCGACGCCGCCUGGCAGGCCCUGCGCACCAGGUACGGCAUCAGCCCGGACAGCAUCAUCCUGUACGGGCAGAGCAUCGGCACGGUGCCCACCGUGGACCUGGCCUCGCGCUACGAGUGUGCCGCGGUGGUGCUGCACUCGCCGCUCACCUCGGGCAUGCGCGUCGCCUUCCCCGACACCAAGAAGACCUACUGCUUUGACGCCUUCCCUAACAUCGAGAAGGUGUCCAAGAUCACGUCGCCCGUGCUCAUCAUCCACGGCACGGAGGACGAGGUGAUCGACUUCUCGCACGGGCUGGCGCUCUACGAGCGCUGCCCCAAGGCGGUGGAGCCGCUGUGGGUGGAGGGCGCCGGGCACAACGACAUCGAGCUCUACAGCCAGUACCUGGAGCGUCUGCGUCGCUUCAUCUCCCAGGAGCUGCCCAGCCAGCGCGCCUAGCGGCGGCCCCAACCGGCCGGACCUCAGCAAUAAGGCGGCCCCCGGACCUCACCCCGCGCCGGCCCCCCAGGGGCUGCAUGUGGACCCCCCGGGCGGCCCAGGGGACCCCGCCCCGACCCAGGGGCUGUGGACGAUGUACAGGCAACAGAGCUACGCACUCCUUUCCUUUUGGAAGCAAGAAGAAAAUACGUGAAAACGGAAAUUAAAGAUUUAAAAUUUUA